AUGAACUCUUUCAUAAUCACAAUUAUUCUAACUUUAACCCUUUCAUCUAUUCUAGCUUUACUAGCAUUCUGAUUACCAAUCAUAAAACCAGAUAGUGAAAAACUUUCCCCCUACGAAUGUGGCUUUGAUCCACAAGGUUCUGCUCGCCUACCAUUCUCUCUUCGAUUCUUCCUAGUGGCUAUUCUAUUUUUGCUAUUUGAUUUAGAAAUUGCUCUUCUUCUCCCAUCCCCAUGAGCAACCAACAUUUCUCACCCAGAAUUUACCCUUCUUUGGGCCUCCUUAUUUGUUAUUCUUCUUACAUUAGGCCUAAUCUAUGAAUGACUACAAGGGGGACUCGACUGAGCAGAAUAA